AUGAAUGAAGAGAAGAAGAAAUUGUUAUUAGAAGCUAUUAAUAAUUUCUCAAAGAAUAACGACUUUGCAAAAUUGAGGGCAAUACUUGCUAAAUUCAAAAGAAAUUCAAGCGUCACUGCCGUUCAAGAUAGAUUCUUUGCUAAAUUGUUUGCAACAUAAUUUGGAGGUGCUAUUGUAGCUUUCUAAAAAUGGAAGAAUUUACCUGAACCAGUCAACACUGAAUAAUUAAAGAAUGCAAGAAAAUUUGAGAGAAAAUUAGACAUUCUUUUCCACACUCACUUAAAGGUGUCAUUUGACCCAUUAAAAGAAGAUUAUAUGGAUGCUUAAAAUAUAAAGAGAAUGUGUUUAAGAAAGAUUUUCGAGAAGAGUAUGAGUGCUCAUAAGAGAUUAUUCUUACUUUGGGCAUAAUAAAAUAGAUAAGCUAAAUAAAUUGAAUUGUGCAAAUUAACUACAAGUUUAUUUGUUGGUUUAGCUUAAAUUGUAACUGCAAAUGUUUAACCAAUCAUGUAAAAUCCUCGAGAAGCUUAAACUAAAGAAAAAGCCUUACAUUUAAUAUUCUAAGGGUAAACUGAAAAUUUACUAAGAGCAUUCUUUAAAUGGAGAAAUUGGGCUUAAUAGGAGCGAAUGAAUGAUAAUUUUUUGAAUGAAAUUUAAUCUGAACAACGAAAGGAAUUAAUAGAUAGGUUAUAAGGAUUCUGUAAUGGAAAUAAAUUAAACUUAUUCAGACUUAUUUUAGCUAAAUUCUCGUUAGCUCAUAAGAAAGAGAGAUUGAUUCUUUAAAUUAAUGCAAGAAUUUUAAGAACUUAAAUAGGAGCAGUUUGGGAUACAUUUAACAAAUGGAAGAAUCUACCUGAGGCUAAUGCUGAAGAAUUAGUUAAAGCAAGCAAAUUUGAAGCAUAAUUAAAUAAAUUUGCUCUUCAUAUAUGGAGGAAGAGAACCUGGAACCCUCUUCAAGAAGUUUAUGAUGAUGCACAAGCUUUAAAGAAGAGAGCCAUAAUUUUAAUGAUCAAGACACAAGAAUCAGAAUAAUAAAGAGCAUUGGACUAAUGGAACAAGAAUGUUGGUUUAAUUAAGGAAGUAGAAAGAUGUAAAUGCGUCAUAGGAUUGUUUGGAUUUAUAGGUUUACAUAUUAAAAAUAAUAUUGCACCUUUGAAACCAGAUGAAGAAUCACAAAAGAAAGAAAAAGCAUUGCUUAGACUUAUUGGUAACUUCGAUAGCAACUUAAGAUAUUUCUUUAUGAAAUGGUAUAAUGAUGGAAAAUUGUUGAAAUUGUAGGGAGCUAUGAAUGAAGAGAAGAAGAAAUUGUUAUUAGAAGCUAUUAAUAAUUUCUCAAAGAAUAACGACUUUGCAAAAUUGAGGGCAAUACUUGCUAAAUUCAAAAGAAAUUCAAGCGUCACUGCCGUUCAAGAUAGAUUCUUUGCUAAAUUGUUUGCAACAUAAUUUGGAGGUGCUAUUGUAGCUUUCUAAAAAUGGAAGAAUUUACCUGAACCAGUCAACACUGAAUAAUUAAAGAAUGCAAGAAAAUUUGAGAGAAAAUUAGACAUUCUUUUCCACACUCACUUAAAGGUGUCAUUUGACCCAUUAAAAGAAGAUUAUAUGGAUGCUUAAAAUAUAAAGAGAAUGUGUUUAAGAAAGAUUUUCGAGAAGAGUAUGAGUGCUCAUAAGAGAUUAUUCUUACUUUGGGCAUAAUAAAAUAGAUAAGCUAAAUAAAUUGAAUUGUGCAAAUUAACUACAAGUUUAUUUGUUGGUUUAGCUUAAAUUGUAACUGCAAAUGUUUAACCAAUCAUGUAAAAUCCUCGAGAAGCAUAAGCUAAAGAAAAAGCUCUUCAUUUGAUAUUCCAAGGUUAAGCUGAAAACUUAAGCAGAGCAUUCUUUUUGUGGAGAAAUAAAACUUAAUAAGAUAGAAUGCAUUAGAACUUUGAAGAUGCUUUAACAGUUGAAAAGAAAAAACAAUUGACAGAAUAAUUAGUAUAAUUUGAACAUGGCAAUAAAUUCGCUCUGUAUAGAGCAAUUUUAGCUAAAUUCUCGUUAGCUCAUAAGAAAGAGAGAUUGAUUCUUUAAAUUAAUGCAAGAAUUUUAAGAACUUAAAUAGGAGCAGUUUGGGAUACAUUUAACAAAUGGAAGAAUCUACCUGAGGCUAAUGCUGAAGAAUUAGUUAAAGCAAGCAAAUUUGAAGCAUAAUUAAAUAAAUUUGCUCUUCAUAUAUGGAGGAAGAGAACCUGGAACCCUCUUCAAGAAGUUUAUGAUGAUGCACAAGCUUUAAAGAAGAGAGCCAUAAUUUUAAUGAUCAAGACACAAGAAUCAGAAUAAUAAAGAGCAUUGGACUAAUGGAACAAGAAUGUUGGUUUAAUUAAGGAAGUAGAAAGAUGUAAAUGCGUCAUAGGAUUGUUUGGAUUUAUAGGUUUACAUAUUAAAAAUAAUAUUGCACCUUUGAAACCAGAUGAAGAAUCACAAAAGAAAGAAAAAGCAUUGCUUAGACUUAUUGGUAACUUCGAUAGCAACUUAAGAUAUUUCUUUAUGAAAUGGUAUAAUGAUGGAAAAUUGUUGAAAUUGUAGGGAGCUAUGAAUGAAGAGAAGAAGAAAUUGUUAUUAGAAGCUAUUAAUAAUUUCUCAAAGAAUAACGACUUUGCAAAAUUGAGGGCAAUACUUGCUAAAUUCAAAAGAAAUUCAAGCGUCACUGCCGUUCAAGAUAGAUUCUUUGCUAAAUUGUUUGCAACAUAAUUUGGAGGUGCUAUUGUAGCUUUCUAAAAAUGGAAGAAUUUACCUGAACCAGUCAACACUGAAUAAUUAAAGAAUGCAAGAAAAUUUGAGAGAACAUUAGAUUUACUGUUCAGAGGUAGACUUAAGGCAUCCUUAGAACCAUUAAAAGAUGUUUAUCAAGAUGGUAAUAACAAAAAGUUAUAUUGCCUCAGGAAAUUAUUUACUCUUGCUAUGGGAUAAAAUAAAAGAUUAUUUUUAUAUUGGAGAGACAUUAAUAAAUUACAUAAAUCAAUAGAAACAUGUAAAUAUACAACAAAUCUAUUUUAAACUCUUGCUCUUACGUUAGCAGGACAUGUCUAAACAAUAUUCAAGCCUAAUAAAAAAUAAGAAAGUGUUUUGAAUAAAAUGUUAAUGAAUUACAGCAAUGCUUUAAGAUGGGCUUUUGCUCAUUGGAAUAAUUAAGCCAAGUAAUCUAAAAUUUAAUCAUAACUUGAUGAUGAAAAGAAAAAGUUGUUAUUAUUUGCUUUACAUAGAAAUUUAAGAACAAAUGAUCAAGGCAAAUUAAGAGAUAUUUUAAGAAAGUUUGAAUAGGCAAGAUAAAAAUAAGCUUUAAUAAAAAAAAUAUAAAUUUAAUUAUUGCAUACUUUAGUAGGGUAAAUAGAGGUUUCCUUCCAAAAAUGGAAAGCUUUACCUGAAAAUAAAGAAUUAGAUCUAAUGAAAGCGAGUGUCUUUGAAAAAUCUCUUAAUCGAUUCAAAAUUCACAUGGUUAGAAAAACAACUUUCAAUCAUUUAUACAAUAUUUAUCUUGAUGGAUAGGCAAAAUAAAAGUACGCUGUAAAUAAAAUGUUAUAUAGUUGUAUGAGUGCUUAAAAGAAAGCAUUUUUAAAAUGGUACAAAAUUAUUGAAUUUAGCAGAGCAGCUGAAGCUUUUAAUAUAUCAGAUAAGAAGAAACUUGCAAUUCAAUUAUUCUACUAACAUAAAAUGAACUAGCUAAAUGUUGCUUUUGUGGAAUGGAAACGCUUAUCAUCAAACUUGACAAAUAAAAAGGAGUCUGCUUAAGAAAGAGAAAUUAGAUUGAAGAGAGAGGCAAUUUUAUUAUUCUAAAAUUUUGCCUAAAUAAAAUUAAGAAUAUAUUUCUAAAGAUGGAAUAUUAGAGCUGUUAAGAAGAAUAUGAUCUCAGUAUUUAAUGCAAUUUAAAAAUUACUUCUAUUCAGUAUGAAGCAGGAUAGAGAAUUAAUGAAAGAAGCAUUGAAUAUUUGGAGAGGACCUAAACUAUAAAAUUAAUGGUUCUAGAGAGUAGCUGAAAUGAUUGCAAAAAAUACAAGAAUCACUCCCUAAAUCGCUUUUUGGAGAAUGAGAGACAAUGCAACUACAUAAAGAGCAGUCAGCUUGAAUACUUUAUAAAUAGUUAAAUGCAAAAAGUUGAUAAAUAAUUUACUAAAGGCAUAUGACAGAGUUAGAUAAAGAGCAUUUACUAAUAUUGAACAUUUUGGAAGAGGAAUUACUGAUGCAAGUUCAUUCUAACCAUCACAUUCAAGUUUCUUAUAAUAAACCCCUGUAAGAGAUUCAUUAGCAAAAUCUUAAGUGGAAUCAAUUUUAUUAAAGAAUAGUCAAUAAGUAGCACUCAAUACAUUGUAAAGAGUGUUCCGCAGACAUUUGAAAUUAAGAUUCACCGAGUUAGUAUUAAUAGCUUCGUAAUGUUAAAAAUUAGGUGAAUAAAUGUUGAAGAGUUCAAUUUAAUCAACCCAGUAUAAAUUCAUUCAUAGAAAAAUGGCAACUGAGAAAUUGAUUGGCAUAAUAGAGAGAAAUGUCUAAUUAAAAGAAUUAGUAUUUUUCAAUUCAAUAGCUAAUGUAUAAUAUUUAAUUUGAAUAUUAGUAAUCUGAUCCUGAUUUGCUGAAAAGAAUGAAUGAAUUAAUAGAAGAAAAUAGUAGAUUAAGAGACUAAGCAACUAAUGAUGAGACUAUUAAUUCUAAAGAUUAAUAAAUCUCAGAAUAGUAAAGAUUAAUUUAGGAUUUAAAUACAAGACUUGAUAGAAUGAGAGGUUAACGGUAUAUCAUAAUUAUAUCAUAAUAGGAUAAUAAAAUCUUUAGAAGAUUAUGAGGAUCAUUUAGUUGAAGAUGGGUUUUUAGCAAUUAAAGAGAGUAAAAGAAAUUGA